AUGCCACAUACAGGGGUCUACUUCAUCCCCUCAAGCCCCAACGCGCCAAACAUCCUAGGCCCUCUAACCGAGCGCCUGCGCUCAAUAUACGGCGAUGAAGUCGUUCCCUUCGGCCGCUGGGGCCUAGAGCACAAGUUAAUGAAAGACACACCCUCGUGCCUCCCAGCAUCUGCGCACGCGCCCAAUCCCGCGCCAAGACCGCGUUACAUGCACUUCCUAUCGACAACCAACUAUCCCAAAGUCGGCUUCAUAUAUGCGUCAUCAGACACGCCGCGUGUGGGUUCAGAGAUGGUCAUGUCGCCGGUCCCCAUCACGUCGUCGGCGGAACUCUUCAGGCACUUCGUGCGGGCUUGUGAACCGCUCUGGUGUCAUCGGCACACGGUCACUGUCACAGGGGCCAUCUAUGAUGUUGGUGAUUUUCGGGUUAGGCUGGGAGAAGUGCGGCAGACGCAGCCGCAGGCAAGGCCGAGAGGGACGAUUAUGGAGGUCGAAUGGAAGGGACCAUCGGUUAUCGCGUCGGCUGGAGCUUUGAUGGCGGUAGAGGAUGGUCUUGCUGAUAUCGAGCCUAGCGUUGACAUUUCCUAUGUACCGACGGAAGAAGAAGUCAAUGCAGAGUAUGCCGACAUUGCACAAUUAAUACGGGAAUUCUGGGCACGGCUUGCGAUUCAGGACAAGACUGCUCGAGAGUCUAUUCUAGUACCGGAUCUCGGCAAAGAAGUAAAAGAAAGGUUUAACCAGCGGCGGCAGCCAGGGUGGUAUGAAAGGGAAGCUCAACGGCGGCAGAAGAGAUUGGAGGCAUUGUUACUGGAUCGAAGCUGGGGAGGGGUUUCGAGUCUACCAGAAAAGGAGGAUGAUAUGGAUACUGGCGUUGACCUGGCAAGACAGUACAUGGAGCUUUUCCGCUUUAACCGAUGA